AUGGAUUAUAGGCCUGGCGUGAAACAACUGAUCUUUGAAUCAUUCCUCUCCACAGUGCUCCUGUGCCGGGGCAAAGCUUUCAGCGAUUUCACCGGACCAGACUGUCGGUUUCUGUCAUUUAAAAAAGGAGAGACUAUAUAUGUCUACUAUAAACUCUCAGGCCAAAGGACAAAUAUAUGUGCAGGGAGUGACCAACUCGUAAUCAAUCACAUAUACACUGAAAAAGAAUUGGAGAUUCCUGCUGAGGAAACCGACAUUGUUUGCUUUGACACUGGACACGAUAAGUUUGACAGUUAUGCCAUUGAUUCACUGUUAGGUUCCUCUUUAUUGUUAACAGACAAGGAGGAAUCUGUGCAAGUAACCACAGAGACUUUGUACCUAAACAAAAGUGCUGAGAGCACCACGGUGGAAGUGGAUGAGCCUUCACCUGAAGUGACACUGUUAGAAAAUGAUGAGAUUGAUAGGGAUGUACCUGAGGACAUUGAUAAGGUUGUAGAGGUUCCAGAUAAUGAUGAUCUGAGACAUUUUGAGGCUUUAGAGUCCUCUCUGCCUCAGCCUGAAACUCUUGACACAAAGGGAGUGGAAUCUAACACUGUACUUGAGACCACAGCUGAGAGGAUCAAAGAUUACCUUCAGAAAGAUCAGCAGAGGACAGAGGACUCUGUGCCGUACAGUGUUGUUGAACCAGAGGAAGGUGAGAUCAAAGAAACCCCCUCAGAACCUGAAUCCAAAGAUGAUCCUGAGUUAGAAAAUGCACCUGAUGGUUUUUCAGAAGGCAGACCUAUUCCUGAGUUAAAAAUCACACUUGGAAUAACUUUUGAUGCUGUCACUUCCAAUGAUGAGGACACUUUGAAGGUGACUCCAUAUGACAAGGAAAGUGACAAGACUGAAUAUCAGCAGGAUGAGGAAAGUGAUCAUCAUCUCAGGGAAACUCCAUUGCUGGCUUUUUCUGAAGAAAGUUCUAAUUUGGAACACGAGAACAUUCCGGAAUCUGAUCAGACAGAUGAGGAAGACAGUCUAUCAGAGGUACCUCAUACACAGAAACAGGACUCCAAGGACAAUAACCUGUGGUCUGCAUUUGGUGAUACCGUUUUUAACAUUGUCAGUGGUGGGGAAAGAAUAGCUUAUGUUGCCGGUUCAGAGGAAGAUGACGAGGAGGAUGAUGACGAAGGUGAGAUUACACCAGAGGAGCCUCCCAAAAUUGAAGAACCCAAGGAGUCAUUUGGCUGUUCUACUUCCUCUGAGCUAAUCUUUGAGGAACCUGGGCACUCUAAUUUCAGUGAGGAUGCUGUCAAAGUACCUGAUGAGGAUUCUCAAACGUUGAAGUUUGAGGAUGAAUCUGAAGAAGGUGACAUCGAACCUUCAACACCUCCUGCUGAUGAGGCGAGUGAACACACUGAGGCUUUAGCAGAGAAUCUUACAGAAGAUGACAGCCCAGUCCCUAAACAGCUCUCACAGACAGACAUGCUCUCAGACUUUGAUAGUAAAAUUAACGAAUCAGAGCAGAAACAAGCUGUUGAAGAACUCCCCAUACAAAAAGAGGAGUCAGUAGAUUUCUCACAAGUAGAGAAUAGUUUUAAACAGGGUGGUACAGAGCUUUUCAGACUAUUUCAAGAACCAUACCAGAAGGUCCCAGAUCCAAGCAGAAACACAAUGGUGAAAGAGAGCCAUCAAGAACUCCCCAUAGAGGAGGAGGAUUCAAUACACCUAGAGGGGGAAGAGAUUGAGGAAGAGUUGCUAGAGGAUGAAAAUGCAGUAUUAUCUUCAUCCAAAACUGAGCACACUGAUGAAAAUGACACAGAAAAUCUAUCUGAAUUUGGGUCAGAGCAACCCAAUAAUUAUACACAAACCGAUGUUGUAUCCAGUGAUGUGUUGGAUGUGGUCCAACACGACGAGGCUAUUGACAUAGAACCUGAGGUGCAUGAGACUGAAAAUGAUGCUGAAAGCCACACACCCUCACUUAAAGAUAAAGUUCUGGAUCCCCUUCCAAACAAAGAGACGGAAUACAGUGACAAUGUGUUGAGGCUGACACUAUUGCGAGACCGCUGCAAGGAGGAGGAUAUGGAGCGCCUCCAAAAGAUUCUAGGUCCCGUGAACCUCUUUAGGUUGGAGUUCCUGUUUUUUGACCUGGAGCUGAAGGCUGCCCGGCUGUCCCAGACAAACGCCCGUGAGGACAUUGAAAAGGUGCUGGAAGCCAUUUUGGAAGCCUCUGAAACCCCAAUCCUGGAUGAGAUUGAGAGGAUGCUGGAUGCCCAUGAGAACGCUGACCAGCAGCAGGAGUCUGGUGAGUUUGCUGAGGAAGCUUCCAUCUUGGACGACUUCCAGGAAUUUGUGUUCACCCUGCGUCAGAAUUACUCGACGGCCAGAAACAGUGCUCCCAUGGCAGUGGGCAGUCAACUACACCCUGACACAGAUGGGGAUAUGUCUGAAAACACCUUGGACAUGGGACUUAGCGUAGACAUGGAUCACCCUCCCUCAGGAUCUCUGGAGUCACCUCCUGUCACUGAUUUCCAUGAAGAUGAGCAGAGUGGUUCAUCAUUCGUAUCAGUGCUAAUUUUAUCUGGUCCUCUCGUCACCCUGUUUUAUGAGUAUCUUGGAAUAUAUGGUGUUAUGGUAAGUUACUUCAUGUAUUUCUCUCUUGUGAAUGGGCUUUCCUUCCUAUUGUAAUUGACUAAUUGCCUGCAUGUAGUGCUUAGGACUCAAGUAUUCAUACUUAUUUUAUUAUUGCUGGGACAAUGCAUGUAUUAUUUUUAUUUGGGGGGCGGCAUUUGCCAUGCUGACAGCGUUACCCAACCCUUCCCCUUUUUUCAACUGGUAGUUGAGUACAGCACCGUUUCCGUUAAAUUAAACGUUCCAGAACGUAAAAACGUACUAAAUGCAGCCCAGGUUCAGUGAUCCUUUCCCAUUUUUUUGUUGACUUGUUCUAGUGAAGUGUAGACUGAAGUUAAGUGUCCACAGCCAGUGUUUUGCUUAUUGAGUGGGAUAUAAAUGAUACCCCGCUCGUUUUACCAGGCUUUGUGCGUUUUGCUUAGAAAGUAAUCACGUUCAGAACUCUAAAAGGAGGCUAGUAGACAUGUUGUUGGCGAAGCAGAGCCAGCAUUGGCAAGCUAACCUUCAAGCUUAGGUUAUAGUAGCUAGAAAGAUAGGUACAUAUUGUCCUCUCCUGGGUAAAGAGAACCACGAUGAAGGAUCCUCUCCAGUAGUCGACUGUCUUGUUUUGCACACUUUGUACAAAAUAAUAAAAUGCAGUACUACAGGAUAUUUCUUAACG